AUGCCUGUUUCCAAGCGGGCAAAGAUUGUCCACGAGUCCAAGGUCACCAAGAAAUCCCACAAAGAGCAAACCCGCCGACUCUACGCCAACGUCCAGGAAGCCGUAUCUAAUUAUGACCACCUCUUUGUUUUCUCGGUGGAUAAUAUGCGAAAUACAUACUUAAAGGAUGUGCGAACCGAGUUUUCGGAAGACGGACGACUCUUUUUUGGUAAAACCAAAGUAAUGGCCGUCGCUCUCGGUACUAACCCAGAGACUGCCUUCGCUCCAAACCUCGACAAACUCUCUCCCUACCUCAACGGGGCUGUCGGUCUCCUCUUCACCUCCCGCUCUCCCAAAUCCGUCCUCGACUACUUCUCGUCAUUUCACCCUAUGGACUUUGCUCGUGCUGGUAAUGUAUCGCCACGUGCAUUUACAAUCCCUUCGGGAAUCGUAUACGCCCAUGCAGGCGAGAUCCCCGAAGAGCACGACCAGCCGAUAAGUCAUACAAUCGAGCCCACUUUGAGAAAAUUAGGGGUGCCCACAAGGUUGGUGAGGGGUAAAGUGACGUUAGAUAUGGAAGGCGGGUACCAAGUGUGCAAGGCUGGAGAGACGCUCGAUUCGCGGCAGACGACGUUGCUGAAGAUGUUUGGAGUCGCGGUUGCGGAGUUUAGAGUUGAGAUGAGAGCCCAUUGGACUAAGGAGACGGGAGAAGUGGAGGUCUUGCAGAAGGAUGAAGGUAUGGAAGUUGACCAUUAA